AUGCUGCUUCGACAGGACGGUGAAGGAGAUACAGUUGCCGGUGGUAUUCCGUUUUCCCACCAUGACUUUGAUAGACCAUACGAUGUUAUUGUCGUUGGCGGUGGUGCCGCCGGAAUCGGCGCUGCGAUAGGAGCUAAACAAGCAGCACCUAGUUCGCGCGUCUUGAUCGUCGAAUCAGAAGGAUGUCUCGGUGGUGCUGCAACUCAUCGAGGAGUAUUAUCUUAUUGUGGACUUUACAGUGUUGAGCCAGAGCCCAGAAGAGCGGUUGGGACCAUAUGGACAGAGAUCCAUUCUAGGUUGGUGUCAGAGGGCGCAGCCUCGGAACUUCCAGACAGAAUUGUUGCAUAUGUUCAGAAUGUCGACCCUGAAGGGCUAAAGCUUGUGCUUGACGACAUAACCACUUCUUAUGGAAUUGAGGUCCUGCUUCAUUGCUCGGUUGUUGCGGGUGAAAGAGUCGACGACAGAUUGACAACAGUCGAGGUUCAAGAAAGAAGAGGGAGGCGCAAAAUAGCGGGCAAAGCAUUUGUCGACUGCUCUGGAGAUGGAGAUCUAGCCUACCAUUGUGGGGCGUCGACCAGAUAUGGCAACCAUGGAAACGUCAACAUGGGUUCGUUGUCCACCCGGUUUGGUGGUCUGGCGCAUGCCAACCCAACAUCCAGCAUGUGGCGUGACGCUAUACUUGCUGCAAAGGCUGCAAAUCCGGAGUUGAAGAAGACAAUCCCUCGAAAUGUUGGCGUUCUGAUAAAGCUUCCCAGAUCAGGAGAUAUCUGCACAUAUAUGGCCUCUGCGAUGUACGACGCCACGGACAGCGCCAGUAUUUCGACUGCAGAGAGGCACGGCAGGAUGCAGGCAAAGGUGUACCUUGAUAUUCUUCGCAAAUUGCCUGGUCACGAGAACAUGUAUCUCGUCUCGACGGGACCAAAUUUCGGCACCCGCGAAUCUCGUCAUAUAAACUCGCGAUAUCAACUGAGCGAGGCUGACAUUGUAGGAGGCCGUAGCUUCGACGAUGCUGUGGCCGUUGGAGCUUGGUAUAUGGAAUGGCAUGAUGGAAGUAAGGAAGACUGGCCGAUCCUGUUCAAAGCACCGCCGGAGGGCACUUUCGAAAUCCCUCUUCGCUGUCUGCAUGGCGUCGACACCCCCAAUCUGUUUUGUGCUGGCCGUUGUGCUGAUGGAGACCAGGCAGCUUCCAGUGCAAUUCGUGUCAUGGGUACAGCAUUAGCCACAGGCCAAGCAGCUGGGACGGCGGCAGCGUUACAUUCCUUGACAGGAUGUGAUCCAGAUCCGCAAGAGGUUCGAAGUAUGCUGCUGGAGCAUGGGGCUCUUCUUGACCGUCAUGGUUUGAUAAAGGCGGUAGAGGUCGAAGAGUGUAGGGGUCUCAAUCUCACGCAUCAUGAGGCACUGAAAGGACAUUAA